AUGUCUCAGUCACAGCCGCCCACACCCAACGCAUCAGAUACUGGAGGCCUGCUCGAUGCGCAAGAGCGUGUUGAGAGACGGCGGGAGCCGACUGUGGAUAUUGCUAAUGAUUAUUUCACACUCAAUCCAUGGUACAACCAGCAAAAGGCCAAGCCUGUCUUCGGCAUGGCAGCGCCACUUCCUCGCACCGUACGCAAGGGAAUGUGGUGGGGAAGAGGUGAUCUUAAGAAAUCACUCUACAAGGUCGACGAAGGGCAGGAAGACGAUGGCAUCGACAGAAACGAUGCUUUAGACUUUGGAAAAGAUAUAGAGGAUAUUGAUAUCGACUCUGAUGAGACUCAAAUCAGUCCAGAACACCACGAAUCACAGGGUAACGGCGACCCAGAACGCAUACGCACGACGAUAGGAGGACGCAAAGUCAACAUGCGACGCGUGCCAACCGCAGAAGCGAACGAGAUGCAAAAGCAAUCUGCACAGCCAUCCAGACAGAAUACCAAUCCGCCCAGCCAACCUUCCAGACAGAACACCAAUUCCAGCAAUCGUGCCCCAGUCAAUGAGCAUGGUCUGGCCUACAGCGACAACAACGAAGGCGGCCAAGGCAACCAACGCCACCAAUUCGGUCUUGCAGAUGGCCUACCUCCGCUACAAGAACUUGAUUCUCACUCAACCACGCAAUCCGAGAAAGACGAAAAAGAGACGCAAAAGCGCAACCAUGACGCCGAGCAAGACUACUACAACCAGUACCGCAACCCCAUCGCCCGCUUGCGCGCUCAGUACCCACAAGCCCCCGCAGAAUUCCUCGCCACCUUCGUCUACCUCUUCCUCGGCAUCUGCGUCAACCUCUCCGUCGCCACUUCAGAAUCUGCAACCGGCAGUUUCGAAACGCAAGCCUGGGGCUGGGGCUUCGCCAUCAUGAUCGGCAUCUACCUAGCUGGAGGUGUAUCCGGCGCGCACCUAUCGCCCACCAUCUCCCUCUCACUCACCGUGUACCGCGGAUUUCCAUGGCGCAUGGCCGUCGUGUACAUUGCAUGCCAAAUGCUCGCGGGGCUGUGCGCCGGCGCGCUGGCAUACGGGCUUUACCACGACGCAAUACGCGCCGUGGACCCCGGGCUGACACUCGACCUCACGGGCAAAGCCCUCUUCCCCAAGGGCCCGAGUUUCAGCACCGCCUCGGGUUUCUUCAACGAUUUCGUGUACAUGGCCGUGUGGGUGUGUACUGCCUUUGCGCUCGGCGACGACCAAAACUCCCCGCCUGGGCAGGGCAUGACGGCGUUGAUCUUCGGGCUCAACGGCUUCCUGACCAUGGUGGCGCUGGGGUAUAACACGGGUCUGGGGAUUUCGCCAGCUCGCGAUUUGGGGCCGAGAUUGGUGGGGCUAUGGGCGGGAUAUGAUAGUGCGUUCAAGGGGGGUUAUUGGGCGUAUGGGCCGUGGGGAGCGAGUAUUGCCGGCGCGCUGUUUGGCGGGUUGAUGUAUGAUUUGUUCAUCUUUGUGGGUGGGGAGAGUCCGGUGAAUUAUCGGUGGCCCGAAAAGGGGGAUAUCAAGUGGAGGGCGGAGAAGACGAAGGAGCAGGUGAAGGAUCGGAUUUCGACCGUCGUUUAG